GAAGAUAACUUCCGAUGCCCCCAUUAUUGGAGGGAAAAAUGUCUGCCCCCUUUAGCAGUGGUCGAAUUUUAUGUAAUAUAUCCGAGAUACGGUUAGAUAGGAUUCUUGUUAGUGGUCAGUCAUUCAGAUGGAAAGAAGAAAAGCCAGGAUUUUGGACGGGUGUUUUAUAUGACAGAAUAUGGAAAUUGUGGCAAUCAGAAACUGCAAUCUUUUACCAAAUCUUUGGCAACAGUAAAACACAAUCAGAGUCGGCAAGUGAUAUCGUGAAAACAUCAGGUGCUGUCAAAAGAUCAGAACUAAUCCCCAAAGUCAUAAAGGACUCCGAAUUGAAGGAAAAAAUACUCACAAAUUCAAUAUCAGAAGAAUUAAGAACAUAUGAAAAUAUUUAUGAAGAGUUGAUUAAGGAUUACUUCCAACUAAAUGUAAACAUAGCAACACUAUAUGAAAAAUGGUCAGAACUUGAUUCCAAUUUUCAGUUUAUUUCUGCCAAAUUUGAAGGAAUAAGGAUGUUACGUCAGGAUCCUGUAGAAAAUUUGUUCUCGUUCAUUUGUUCAUCGAAUAAUCAUAUCUCAAGAAUUUCAUCUAUGAUAGAGAAGCUUUGUGAAAAUUAUGGAAGAGCUGUUGGACAGUUAGAUGGGAAGACUUACUUUAGUUUUCCCACAGUUUCUGAGAUGUCUGAUGAAGGAGUCGAGAGUGAGUUACGGAACCUAGGAUUUGGAUAUAGGGCAAAAUAUAUCAAUAAGAGUGCAAGACAGAUUUUGGAUAAAGGGGGCGAGACUUGGCUGAAAUCUUUAAGAGGAAGGCCAUAUGAUGAAGCAAAGAAAGAGUUAAUGACCUUGAAUGGAGUGGGAGCAAAGGUAGCCGACUGUGUCUGUCUGAUGUCUCUAGACAAGACAGAAGCGGUUCCAGUGGACACACAUGUCUGGCAGAUAGCAGCAAGGGGAUACAUGCCAAGGCUCUCUAAAUGCAAAUCUCUGACAGAUAAACUCUACAAUGAAAUAGGAGACCAUUUUAGGACCCUCUGGGGGCCUUAUGCUGGUUGGGCACAAGCUGUGCUUUUCACUGCAGAUUUGAAGCAAUUCAAAGAGAAAGAUGCAUCUCCUUCAAACAACCAAGCAGAGAAACCAGAAAUUGGUACAAAAACUGAAAACUCUGCAAAAAAGAGAAAGGCUACAGCAUCGAAAUCUGAAGGAAACAGUGUGGAGAAUUGUCUGGGAAAAGCAAUCACAGCUCGAAAGAGGAAGCAGAAGAAAUCUUGACAUGAUGCAUCAGAAUGGAACAUCAUCGCUGUUGUCUCUCUGCCAUGUGAACAAACACAGAAAAGGAGAGGGAGAUUUCCAUGAUAUUUUGUAUUACAAGUUGUCCUCAUUAUCAAAAAAACUAUUUACAGUGUGUUUACUUAUUUACAUUUAAAAUGUUUUCCCUGCAACAGCCCUUAGAAGCUGCAAUGAGUUUGUUACCCAAUAUACUACAUCAGCAUGUAAUUUCUCGCUUUCAUGCAAAUCAGCAACUUGUCAUGACAUCAGUGGGCAGGGACUAUGGAAAUUAACAUGGAAUGCCAUGUGUAUUUCAAUUUCUAUUAGGCUGUAUUUUUAAGAUGUUGAUUUUAUAUUUUCAUUUUUAUUUCAAUUAUAAAUUUAUAUAAGGAAUCGCAAUUAUCAGCUCUGCAUUAUUCUUCAACAUAUGAUGAAUAAAAUUGUUAAUGAA